UAUAGAUAGCUAAUUUAAGUUUGUUUUUACAUAUUGUUUUUUGAGUUAGCUCGUCGAGCGUCUCUUCUUCAUAGUUUUCUCUCAAAUAUCUUUCCUUAUCUCUCUUUCUCACUUUCUUUCUCAUAAACUUGCUCCUCUUCUAUUUCUUUCAUCUCUGUGCUAAUUGCAGUUGGAUGUUUGAAGAAUGAAUAAUUCAACGAAUACAAAUUUUACGGUUGUUGGUGGAGGAACAGGAGGAAGUAAGACUGACUGGAGUUGGGAAGUUUUUCGCUUGGGUUCCAGUGCUAUUGCAAUUUUUGGAAUAAUUGGCAAUUUCUUCGUCAUAUUCCUUAUGCUUAGGAGUCCGGUUAGACGUGUGAGAAUUCCCAAUAUGCUUAUCAUCAAUCAGUCGUUUCUCGAUAUCGUAACUUCUAUCUUUAUUGUGAUCGAUAAAUUAGGCGUGAAUGGAGAUAAAACUGAUGAAGUAACUGGAAUAGUGUUAAAGGAAACUUAUUGUCGAUUGUGGAAAAGUCAGGGUAUACUAUGGAGUUCUAUGACAGGAUCAACUUUCAAUUUGUGUGUUAUAUCAUUCGAGCGUUACCUAGCCAUAGUAUGGCCGUUUAAACAUGGGCGUCUCGUCACAAAGGGUCGAAUUAAAAUGUGUAUAAUAUUCACUUGGUUAUUAGGUUUUACAAUAAAAUUGUCCUCGAUUAUUCCUGUUCAUGAAGUUGACGAAAACGUUGAUAUUUGUCGAGGUUGGGUAAAUUGGCCAUCUUUAGAAGUUCAACAAUUUGUUGGCAUCUUCAUCAUAUUUAUCGAAUAUCUAAAUCCUUUGAUCUUUAUGAUUUAUUGUUACGCUCAUAUGAUGCUCAGGAUAAUCAGACAAACAGAUUCUGCAACUAAAGGUGUUAAAGGUGAGGGAAGUGGAAAUAAAUCGUCGGAGGAAAGGGAAAGACGAAUGCAAAGAGCUGGAAGAAACUUAUUCAAGACCCUUUUAAUAGUUGCAAUAGCUUUCGUUAUUUGCAAUUCGCCAAGUCAAAUUUAUUUUCUUCUUCUCAAUGGCGGAGUAAAAUUAAAGUUGGGAGCGUUGUAUCGUUUCUUCACGAUGACCUACUUUAUAAAUGCUGUUAUCAAUCCGAUCUUAUAUACGGUACAGUAUGAAGAAUUUCAGAAGGAAUUAAAGAAGCUCUUCUGUCCAAAGGCUUUGACCAGAGAUGAUUCAGAAACGGAAAAUAGUAAAUCGUCAUCAUACGUAACUAAUCAAACGAAAAUUAAUUAACUUUAAAGUAAAUAGAACUGGAUAUUGUGUUUGUCAGAAAAUUUUGUAUCCAAUCAAAGAAAACGAAAGAUAAUUAAUUACGAAUUAUAGAUGUUGUAACGUAUAGGUGGCACAUAACAAAUCAAUUUAGUAUAGUAAAACGAAUUAACAUUAGAAAUAAACGUAAGA